GCAUUUCUCAACAUGGCAUGAGUCUUCUGCGAUCCCUCCAAUUUUCCCCAUGUAGACUUCCAUUUCCACCAGGCUCUUUUGGCUCCUGGAUUACGACGGCAGAGUCCCCCUGCAGAACGGGCGCGGUGUUCAAGCCGACAUGGUCUAUUGUGGGAAACCAUCGAGCGCUUGUCAUGCAUGUCGACAGCGUAAAACACGGUGCGACGCUCUUCCAAAUGGAUGCACGCAAUGCAAACGAGCCAAAAGACAAUGUCCCGGCUACCGCGUCCAGUCAGAUCUAGUCUUCCGUGACCAGAGCGCCAAUGUGAUCAAGAGAGCCAAAGCACAGGAACGCAAGAGGAGCGUGAAGUCGGAGUCACCGUCAAGCAAUGCUUCUCCAGCACCAGACACUGACGACUCCAUCAUUCUCGACUCCGAAUCCCAGGAUGGAGAAGACCUCGAACUUGUCGUUCGGGGCUUACCCCCAAUGCUGUCCCUCCAGCCUGAAGUUGAAAACAUGGCAACUUGCUACUUCAACAGCAACUAUUCCGUGGGCAUCACCGUUCCCGGUCAUGGAGAGUUCAACAGCGUGACCGUCUCACUUAUCUGGGACCUGAUGGAUCCCGUUCUUGCAACAUCGAUCAAGGCGACCAGCCUUGCAUCCUUUGGACAUCACGUUCGCAGCGACGAGUUGGCCAAGAGUUCACGUGUCGAGUACACGAAAGCCCUCAAGAUGACCAACGCCGCUCUGAGCUCGCCUUCACAAGUCAAAAAAGACAGCACGCUGGUGUCGGUCAUCCUCCUUGGACUCUACGAGAUGAUCACGGGCCGCAAUCAGAAAUCCAUGAAAGACUGGGCGGCGCACGUGCGCGGGUCCAGCGCGCUGCUGAAACUCCGCGGCGUCGAACAAUUCGAGUCUCCUAUCGGGCGGCGCAUCUUCAUCCAGGCGGCCACCAGCAUCCUCACAAGCUGCCUGCAGCGAGAUAUGAAACCCCCCCAACACAUCAUCGACAUGACGCGCGAGUUAGAAGCGAUGGCUGCCGACCCUAGAUUCCCCGAGUAUAUGCGCCGCGGCACUCGCAUCUUCCAAACCAACCUAGCUUUCGCCGAUUUCCAGUACAAAGUCAACCGCGGCAUCAUGAGCGACCUCCGCACGAUCGUCGAUACCGCGCUCGAACUCGAUGCGCCGUUUGCCGACCUCUACGCCAACCAGCCCCCAGAUUGGAGCUACGUGGCGUACGUCGACAAAGACUUCGAUCCGGACAUUGUGUACAACGGUCGAUACCACGUCCACUGGGACACGUGGGCAUUAGCACUGUGGAAUAUGAUCCGCCUCUUCCGCAUCAUGAUCCAUCAGCACAUCCGUGGCGCGCUGCUCAAAGGCCUCGCGAUGAAUCCGCCCAUCUUCACGGCGGCGGAGGACUACGCGCAGCUCGAGCGAUCGAUGAACAUGAUCUAUCAAAUGCAAAGCGACAUCCUCUCCAGCGUGCCUCAAGCUCUCGGCUACGUGCGCAAAACGAGCGUCUGGCGCGAAGCGACCCCCGAAAGCGGCGUGCCGGCAUCUUUCGAACCCGUUUUCUCCCCAGCGUACUUCCCUCCCCUCUCAUCCCCCGAACCAAUCGUCUCCUCCAUCGCCGCAAUCUGCAGUGCGACUCCGUCCUCUUCCUCCUCCUCCUCCUCCUCCUUCAGCAGCUUCAUCUACGGAAGCCCACCCGCCGAUAACGCCAGAACACACGUCUUAACCAAAUCGCCCUCUGGCCCCUCUAGCAACGCUUUCGCCCUCCUCUGGCCUCUGUGGUAUACUGGCUUCAUGGAACUGGCUACGGAUGAUGUGCGCAAGUAUGUGAUGGGUAAUCUGCGCCGCAUCGGGAAUGAGAUGGGGAUUCAGCAGGCUUUUGUUUUGGCAAGGACGAUUGAGACGAAGACGGAGCCCAAGGUGUGGCAGGAGGAUGAGAAGUGAGGGAAUGUGGAUUUGGAUAAGAGGUUGGGGGAGUGCAGGCUCUCCGAAUCUUCUCGAUGUCCGGAGGAUAUAAUACUAUGCCAACACGGCAAGGUCGAGAGCUCGCAGGCGCUAUGAGACGGGGAUGAUCGAGGCCUCUCGAAGCGGAGCUGGGCUGGUGCUUGUCUACUGUCCGGCAGUGGCAGAAUGCCGUGAGCUCGAGGACAUCCUCUCCAGACUCGCUGGGGGCAUCAGGCCUGGCCAUACCGCAGCGUUACAGUACGCGACGAGAAGGCGCGUGCUAAAUCUGCUGCACAGCCUCGUAGCCGGAGAGCGUUUGGAGGCGGUAAGAAUGAAAGCCAACAGAGGAUCUGUGGCGAUGCAGAAAUGGACAGAACGAUGAGACAUGUGUGUAACAGUCUAUCAUGUAGUCAUAGCAAGACGGAAGCCCCCUUCAAGGAUAUAGAAUGUACAC